CCCACGACAACACACUCCCCUCCCCGUCGACAACAAGGGCCAUUUCAUCCACCAUGGCUUCCGUCCCGAGUGUGCAAUGCUUCGGCAAGAAGAAGACGGCCACCGCUGUCGCCCACUGCAAGCAAGGCAAGGGCCUCGUCAAGGUCAACGGCCAGCCCCUCUCUCUGGUCCAGCCUGAGAUCCUCCGCUUCAAGGUCUACGAGCCCCUCCUGAUCGUCGGCGUUGACAAGUUCGCUGGUGUCGACAUCCGUGUCCGUGUCACCGGUGGUGGUCACACCUCCCAGGUCUACGCCAUCCGUCAGGCCAUCGCCAAGUCCAUUGUCGCCUACUACCAGAAGUACGUCGAUGAGCACUCCAAGAACCAGCUCAAGCAGGCUCUUGCUCAGUACGACCGCACACUCCUGGUUGCCGACAACCGUCGUGCCGAGCCCAAGAAGUUCGGUGGUCGCGGUGCCCGCUCCCGUUACCAGAAGUCUUACCGUUAAAUUUUUCUUCUUUCUUAUACCUUAUUACGCGGCGAAAGGGAAAAGAAAAGUUUACAAACGGGAGGAAAUGGGAUCGUGUCUGUCUUAUGUCUUUUUUUCUCUCACGACUCAUUUCCAUGACUUCUUUGGUGGACUGGUGU